AACAGAUGUGAUCCACCAUGAGGCUACUACUGACUGCUGUGUCCAUCCUCAGCCUUCUGUAUGUUGGACAUACAGCCCCUACCACCAACUGUGAAAGUCUAACACAGCAGAUCAAUAUAGAAAGAGACCUGCUGUUGGGGAAAUGGAUGUAUAUAGCAGAGACCACUACCAUGCCAGGAAUAACUGAACUGACCAAGACAUUUGUGGAGAGUGUAUAUGUAAAUGUCAUUCCUUUGCCUGAUGACAGAAGUCUGGAGUUUAAACAAACUCAAAGAACCUUGGGUUCCUGCCUGACUAUUUCAUCCACAAUACGUCUUGAGAACAACACUAUGACAAUAACUAAGCCUACCAAAGCUACUGACGUUUUGCUGACAACUAGCUGUCCUGACUGCCUGGUUGUAAAGGGCAAUUUCUCAUUAGGAACAUCUUACUAUGAUACCCUUCAAUUACUGAGCAGAAGACGAACGCUGAGUACUGCUGAACUGGAUGAGUUUAAGAGACAGGCAGAAUGUCUCUCACUGAAAGAACCAGCUAUCAUGGACCCACAGAAAGAGCUCUGCGCAGAGAAAACGCUGACAGACAGCACUGACCUCACUGCUAUGAUGAACUCAGAGGUGGGCUCUCAGCUCUUGGGGGUCCUCGACUCCAUCAUCAACAGCCAGGGUGGUCUUACAGGCUUCAUGAACAACAUCUUUGAGAACCUGCCAAUGCCAAAUGGGGAUUGAGAGGA